CAGGAAGCUGCGCAGGGCGCAGGGAGGAUUCGGAGGACUGUAACCAUGCGCGGCUUGGAGAAGCACGGUUCCCGUGCCGCAGCGGCCCCGUGUGGUUGCGCUCAGCCCGCCCUGGAGACAGUUUUCUCCCAUAGGGAAUCUUUUAACUGAGCCAAUAGGCUAUUUGGAAUCAUGUUUCUCAGCCAAGAUUGGUACGCCAAGGCAGCCAUCCAUUUGUAGUAACUCCAGAGCCUGUUUGAAGAUCAGAAAGAGCAUCUUUAAUAACCCUGAGCAUUCCUUGAUGGGCCUAGAACAGUUUUCCCAUGUUUGGGUUUUGUUUGUUUUUCAUAAAAAUGGCCAUUUGAACUACAAGGCAAAAGUGCAGCCCCCCAGGCUGAACGGGGCAAAGACUGGAGUGUUCUCUACAAGGAGCCCACAUCGCCCUAAUGCAAUCGGACUGACGCUGGCCAAGCUGGAGAAGGUGGAAGGUGGGGCUGUAUACCUCUCUGGAAUCGACAUGAUAAACGGCACACCUGUGCUAGACAUAAAGCCCUACAUCGCUGACUAUGACUCACCACAGAACCUGGAGCCUUUGGAGGACUUCAGUGUCCACAAUAACCACCAGAGGCCAAGGGCUGAAUCCCAGUCCGAUGGCACAACUGACAGUCAUGACCAGCGGCUGCUCUCAGAGAAAACACAGCCCUGCUGUAGUGCUGAGGAAAAACCAAAAGGCCUUGAAGACAGAACCUCACAGGAAAACUCACAGAAGUCCAAAGAUAAUGCAGAAACCCAGCACACUUCACCAGCGGACAGAGAGAGGACAGUGGAUUUGACACUGGAAUCAAGCAGAGGGGUCAGCACGGGUCUGGUGGGAGAGCAGCUUGGCCCACAGGAUCUGAAGGGCUUUCUGGAAGAAGACACAGCUAGGCCAAGGAAUGUGGAAGGUGCCUUGGUCCUGCAGGGGCACAGUGCAGAGACACAGUGGGAUGCUUCUUGCCAUGCCAGGACAGCUGACAGAGCACCCUGCAGCGUCGUGCCCAGCUGGGUGAAGGAGGCCCCCGUAGCCCCUUUACGAGUGCGCUUUACUCCUCAUGCAGAGAUGGACCUGAGGACGCUCAGUUCAGGAGACGCUGGUCAGAUGUCAUUCAAAUACUUUCGGUCCACAGAGGAAGCGAAAUGUGCCAUUGAGGCUGUGCUGUCUGCUGAUCCUCGGUCUGUGUACCGCCGGAAGCUCUGUCAGGACCGCCUUUUCUUCUUCACUGUAGACAUAGCACAUGUCACAUGCUGGUUUGGUGAUGGCUUUGCAGAGGUUCUGAGGGUUAAACUGGCUUCCCAGCCUGUUCAGAUCUCAGAGCUGAUUGAUCAAGGUUUGGAAAGGACCCCACAGCCUGUGCAAACUUGCCCAGCCAUUGUGGCUGAUGACAUUCCACUCCUGCGCCAGACUGGGUGCUUAUAAAAAAGGACUUGCAUUUCCUGCCGUGUCACCUGUGAAUCACGGAGCCCAAACUGACAUUGCACAUGAUGGGCUGUGGACCUUUAUCAUGCUUGAGUAGUAACUGGAGCUGAAGCCUUGUCCCUGGGGUGGCCAGCUGUUUCCUGCUUUCCCAGAUCUUCAGGCACAGCCGUGUUCCUCAGAGGAAUAGAGGGCUUCCUGCCGCAUGGUGCUGCUGGCCGAGGUCCGAGCCAACAGCAUUCCUUGGUCCAGAAUGGCCAGAGCUGUUCAUCCUGUCUGGACCAAGAUGCUCCUGCUCAUCGCCAUCUACUGGUCCACUGUGUCCUUGUGCUGCAGAGCACUCAACUUACCACGUGACUGCAGAGGUUGCUCUCAGGAAGUCCCUAAGGCUGACUCUGGCCCACUGUCUGAUAGGAGCCCUUUGGAGUCGUCAGCAAUAAAAACCCACUUUGGAAACCAA